CUCCUGUCUGUAUUUGUUUGUCCGACCGUCGGCCGCCAUGAUGAGUCUCCUUCAAGCGUCUGCUCGCAGCAGCGUCCGAGCGGUGACCAAAAACUUCUAUUCCACAGAAAUGAGCAAACGCGUGGCCGUGGUUCUGGCGGGCUGCGGGGUCUUCGACGGCAGCGAGAUCCACGAAGCUUCCGCCAUUUUGGUGCAUUUGAGCCGAGGAGGCGCAAGUGUGAACGUGUUCGCCCCCGACGUGGAGCAGAUGCACGUGGUGGAUCACGCGAAGGGCGAGCCCACGCAGGAGAGGAGGAACGUGCUGGUGGAGAGCGCCAGGCUGGCCCGUGGCAGCAUCCAGGACCUUUCCAAACUCAGCGUCGAGGACCAUGACGCCAUCAUCUUCCCAGGCGGUUUCGGGGCGGCGAAGAACCUGUGCACGUGGGCGGUGCAGGGCAAGGACUGCUCGGUCAACGGCGAGGUCAAGGCGGCGCUGGAGGCGUUCCGCGGCGAGGGCAAACCCAUCGGCCUCUGCUGCAUCGCGCCCGUGCUGGCCGCCAAAGUGUUUCCCGGCUGCGAGGUCACCGUCGGCCUGGAGAACGACGACAAGUACCCCAACACGACGGACACGGCGGCCGCCAUCAAGCAGCUGGGCUGCGAGCACGUGAGCGCGGCUGUGAGCCGGAGCCACGUGGACCGCAAGAACAAGCUGGUGACCACCUGCGCCUUCAUGUGCGACGCGCCCAUUCACGAGGUGUUCGACGGCAUCGGCUCCAUGGUGCAGGACGUGCUUAAGCUAGCCUGAACCGAGCCAAAUUCUGGCGCCUUAUUGCUAAAGGUAAAGCGAUACAAAAAUGCGGUCAUAAAUGACAAGCGCAUACACAUACAAAUCGCAGCACAUAGCUUGACUACUUUGGUUUCAUUGUAUCACUUUUGUUCUAGAAAAUAUUAUGAUGCACGGUGGCUGCAAUCGAGUUUUCCACAGGCUAUUUUUGCGACACAAUUUGGGAAUAGAGUGGCUAUAUUUACAUGGCAGAACUGGAGAACUUUGUGAUUGGAGAACAGUGAGGGCAAUGAAAAUAAGAUGAGGUAAAGAUAGCGGUAAAUCUCUCCACUGUCUUAAUGGUGUCUUAUUGUACAGAGACAAAUGCAAUAAAUGUGUCAAAGUUCAA